AUGGUGCGCCUCUACAGCCUGCACCCGUUCGGCUCGCAGCAGGUGGUGCCGUGCCGGCGGCCGCCCGAGCGCGUGUGCGGCGGCGGCGACGCCCUGUUCGCGGCGGCGGGCUGCCAGGUGGAGGCGUUCUCCGUGGCGGCGCGCGCGCUCUGCCGGCCCCGGGGCGUCUUCGGCACGCCGGGCCGGGUGCUGCGCAUGGCCUACAGCGAGCCGGGAGACUAUUUGGUGACCAUCGAAGAGAAAAACAAAACUACAUCUCUACAUGCAUAUGUGAACUGGAGAAGCAAAAGGACCGAGAACUGCCGAGUGUGCAUCCGGAUGGUUGGGCACAGUGUGGAGGCCCCCUUCAGCGAAGCCUUCAGGGACCAGAUGUCGAUUAUCGAAAUGCCACUUCCCGAGGCUCCCCUGUGCCUGGCCUGCUGUCCUGUGAAAGGAGACCUCCUUGUUGGGUGCGCAAAUCAGUUAGUUUUAUUUAGUUUGAAGUAUUCGGUCAUUAAUGAAGAAUUCUCAAUGCUGGACUUUGAGCGCUCUCUAAUCAUACACAUAGAUAACAUCACUCCUGUUGAAGUUUCUUUUUGUGUUGGGUAUGUUGCUGUUAUGUCAGACCUAGAAGUCUUAAUCCUAAAACUGGAGUCAGACCCUAGAAGUGAAGAGAGCGUUAACCACCAUCCACAGAAGACCAGCGGCCCACUGAGCCAGACGGAAGAUGUCAGUCAUGAAACUUCACAACUUGAGUCCGAUGAUUUUGUCAUCUGCCAAAAGCCCACGGAGCUUCUUGGAGAAAAGAGCAAGCAUUCUGGCGUUUCCGUCACGCUGGAGUCCACGGGACUGGUGGAUGCAAAAGUCAAGUAUUCGCAGGUUCAGCAUCUGCUCUACAGACGCUUUACUCCCGACGUUUCUUCCUAUGCCUUGUCCGAUGACAUCAAGCUGCAUUCCCUUCAGCUGCUCCCCGUUUACCAGACAGGGCCUCCCGCCUGGGAGGAGGAGGCGGCGCAGACUCGGGACAAAGAGCCGCGGACUGUGUUCUGCUUCUUCUCGCUGCCUCACGCGGGCUAUCUGUACACGGUGGCGAGGCCCGUGGGGCUGACGUCGGUCUACCAGUACCCCGAGACGUCUCUGCAGGCAGUGCUCACACCACAGUUUCUGCACGUCAUCACAAGCCACAACCUGCAGUGUUUCACCGUGCGGUGCAGCGCCGUGGUAGCUCGGGAGGAGGACCCGUACAUGGACACCACCCUGAAGGCUUGCCCACCUGUCAGUAUGGAUGUGUGCGCACUGAGGAUUCAGCUCUUCAUAGGCCUUAGAGCCAUUUGUCACUUUAGAAACUACGUCAUACUUUUGACCAAGGCAGACCCUGAGGCCAUCCCAGAGAGAACACAGUCACCCAAGAGGCUUCUGUCUAGAAAAGAUACCAGUGUGAAAACCAAAAUACCUCCUGUAGCCGAGACUGGGUGGAAUUUGUAUAUUGUGAAUACCAUUUCACCAGUGCAACUAUACAGAGAAAUGGUAGAGUACAGUAACUCCUACAGGACCGUGAGAACCCAGAGCUGCAUCCACCUCCUGAGCGAGGCACAUCUUCUCCUGAGAGCCGCCCUGAUGGACGGCAGCCGGCUGGAGCCUGGAGAGAGAGCAGAGCUCUUGGAAGCCUUUAAAGAGAGCUGCGGGCACCUCGGAGACUGUUACAGCAGGCUUGACACCCAGCAUUCCCAUCUUGCCUUACCAUACUAUAAGAUGUCCGGUUUGUCUCUGGCAGAAGUAUUGUCUCGUGUGGAUUGGGCAGGAGAGAAUGAAUCCCAGAAAUAUGAACGAGGAUUAAUCUUUUAUGUCAGUCAUUCACUUCAUGAGAACCUGGAUGAAGAAUUAAGUGAAGAAUUAGCAGCAAAAGUGGUUCACAUGUUUCAUGUGUCUGAGCCAAAGCAACUGCCCCAGGUUCUGUGCAGUCCCUCUAUGAAGAAUGUUGACCCGCCAACUGCCCUGCACUAUCUCAGGAAGCUGGACGCCUGUGGACUUUCCUCCGUGCUGGUGGCCCUGACCAGAGCAGCAGUGGCCCUGAGAAUGGGGGAUCUCGACCUUCAUGAAACUGAAAUGCAGAGCUACUCUGAGGCGAAGUUGGUGUGUGGCUUUAUUCUGGAACCUCGGCUAUUAGUUCAACAGAGAAAAGGACAGAUGGUCCCUACCGAGCUCGCGGUACACCUGAAAGAAACUCGGCCUGGACUGCUUGUGGCUUCUGUUCUGGGCUUGCAAAAGAACAACAAAAUUGGAAUUGAAGAAGCAGAUUCUCUCUUUAAGGUGCUGUGCGGUGGAGGGGAAGGCACGGCUCCUCAGCUCCUGGUUGACUUCUGGGAAGCGCAGCUAGUGGCUCGUGUCCCGCACGUGGAGCUUCAGGACCUCUGCUUCAAGCUUGUGUCCCAGUACGUCCGGAGAUUGGCUGGGAGACGGCCUCCCGACACCACACCCUUGCGGACUGCCGAGGAUUUGAUGAAUGCCUGCAGUCAUUACGGCUUAAUCUCCCCAUGGGCUCAUGCCUUCAUAUCGCCUGACUUGUCAGCUGAUAAAAACUACACAGAGGACCUUUCAAAACUACAGUCUCUUAUCUGUGGUCCUUCAUUUGACAUAGCUUCCAUUAUGCCAUUCCUGGAGCCCCUUUCCGAAGACACUGCUGCUGGUCUCAGCGUUCACGUGCUGUGUCGCACCCGCUUGAAGGAGUAUGAGCAGUGCAUAGACACGCUGCUAGAGCGAUGCCCGGAGGCCGUCGUCCCUUACGCUAGUCAUGAGCUGAAAGAAGAGAACCGGAUUCUGUGGUGGAAAAAACUACUGCCUGAACUUUGUCAGAAAAUAAAGUGUGGUGGAGAAAAAUACCAACUUUACCUGGCAUCAUUAAAAGCAGAAGCGCUGUCCGUGGCUGCCAUGGAGCUAGGGCUGAGGGAGCUCCUGAGCGUCCUCCCGGGGGACGGCGCGGCCGCGUUCUUCCUGCCGUAUCUUCUGUUCUGCAGCCAGAAGAAGUCGCUGGCUUGAUGGCACUGUCAGGAAGCCACCACCAUAGCGCAACAUCUCACUCUGGCGUAGGCUAGCCUGGACCGCACCGUGCUCACUGGGCUGGUCCUCCAGGGUGGCAGGCGGGCACCUCCACACCUGCCCGGGAAGCCGUGUGUUUUCACGGGAAGAGACUGUUGUUCUGAGGAACAACAUUCCUUCAGGUUGAAGACAUGACAGUCAUUCUCACCUUUGCCCCAGGAAUCCUUGAAGGAAAUAGACUGCAAGCCUGCUUGAAUGGCUCUCAAAGUGGUCCAAAGUGUUGUCAUUUUGAAUGUUCUAUGAUUUUUAAAAUGUGUUUCUUUCUUUGUGUAGUAAGUCUAAGUGAUACAGAUGUGAAUGUUUUCCUGUAGUAGAAGAUUCCUGCUGUAUUUGCUGGUUAAAACCUCGUACUGUUUCUCUCAGAACCGGAUGAACACAAGUUUACAAAGCCGCCUUCCGGUCUGGUGAGGAGCAUAACUUGCUGAGUCCACAGUUCCCAACCAAAGCCUCAUUUCUGUAUUUUAUUUAUCUGUAUAUGCUCCUACUGUUUCUGCUACAGUCAAUAAUAAAAUAAAGAACUGUAUCAUGUA